CUAGCGCUACGGGCACGGACUACUACGACUGCUUCUCGUUCGGCGGCGGCGUUGCACACCUUGUGCGGAGCAGGUCAUUAGAUUGCCCGAAACAAACAAGUCGCGGCCUCGCGGAGGUGUGCCGCACAACAACAACACCAGCGAAACUGCUUAGCUGUGUUGAGGUGCCCCAACCAUACAAGCUCACCUGGAAUACCUGUUGAGUCCGGGGUGUUGCUGCGUGCGUGUGAGUGUUUCGCGUGUGUGCAUACUGCUUAAGAUGUGCGCGUGAUAACUCGCGCCGCUGCUGCUCUGCGCCUACUCAUUUAUGCGACUUCACAGUGCGCCGCAGCGAUCUUUGCGCAGAGUUCGUGCCAUGAAGUCACCACUUCUUGAACGGGAGGCGCAACAGGCUGUGAAAGGUUCCGCUGGAAAGGGUUGCUAGAUAUUUUUGGGGGGACGAAACAGAACGAAACAGUCUGAUUUAGUGCAAACAAAGCCAAUUUGGGGCACGGAGUGGGUGAGCUAUCGGAAAAAAACCGCGGAAUACUUGGAAACUUGCUCCAGGAAAGGGCAAAAGUGAGUAAAGUACGUGAACCGCGAGGAAGUUAAUAUUACAAGAAGAAACGCCCGAAAGAAGUAGCGCUCAAGUGUUGGGUAGCCCACGAAAUAUUAAAGAAAAAGUCGGAUGGAACAAGACUUGCCCGUCAUUUCCGCUGGGGAUUAGUGCUGAAGAGAUCAGAAGAGGUCGGAAGGUUGUUCGGUGGUGGUGGUAUUGCAGGCAGAUCAUCCGCGUGGAGUACCAUAUGGGCACAUGAGAAGAAGUUGGUGUUGAAGUUAGAGUGGAGUCAGCAUAAGUCAUCAGGCGGUGUUGCAGCAAGUGAAGAACACACAUUCAAGGGAAACCCCAAGAUGAACUAUCUGUACGGAGUGAUGUUGGCGCUGGUGGCCAGUGCCGUUAGUGGGGACGAUUGUGGAGCGGCGUUCCGAGGGCGGUGCAACUGUGGCAUGCGGGAGUACAACUCCAAGACGAGUUACGUGGUCAACUGUACCGACGAGGGCUUCCGGGAUACGGACGUGCUCGAGCAUAUGCCGCUGCAGGCCGAAGUGCUCAUCUUCACGGGGAACUACAUUGACGAACUUCCGUGGAACGUGUUCGGGGCGAUGAACGAUCUGGCGAAUCUCACCAUCGUGGACAUGAGCAACAAUCACAUCCGGGAGAUCCGCGGCAAAGCGUACCACCACGUGCCGAACGUGAAACGGUUGAUUUUGAACCACAACAAUCUGAGCAUCUCGCGGUAUGACGACGAUGAGUACAAUCACCACCAUCCGAGAGUGUUUUCCAACUUUAUCAAUCUGAUGGAGCUGCAUCUGACGAAUGCCUUUGCGGACAACACUUCCGCCGAGCUGUCCGCAGAUCUGCACGACAUCUUCGUGAGCAGCAACUUGACCAAGCUGACCAAACUCCACCUGGAGCAGAACGAAAUCGUCCAGUUCAACGACAAGCGAGUGUUUUGUGAUUUACCGUCGCUGAUGGAUCUCCACCUGGGAGACAAUCUCCUGAAAGAGAUCAACUUCAAUAUUACCUGCUUGAAGAAGUUGCGCUUCCUCGACCUGGAACGGAACAAGUUCGAGUCUGUACGGCCGCACGACAUGGCCAUGAUGGACACCCUCGCGAGUCACCACGACGGCAUCAACCUGAUGGUGGACUUCACCUUCAACCCGCUCAACUGCGACUGCAGUAUCUUCCCCCUAUACGAGUGGAUGAGCAAGAGCAAAGUGACCGUCCGAAACCGUGACAACCUGAUGUGCUUCCGCAACAAAAAACACCAGGAACCCAUCCUCACGCUGAACAUGAAAAAGUGCCAAAAGGUACGAACCGGCAAGCGAGACCACACGGUGACCCUCGUCUUUGUACUGGCCUGUCUCAGCUGCAUCCUGAUAGUCCUGGUCGGUUCCCUCAUCUACGUCAGCAAAGACAAACUCAAAACCCUGAUCACGCCCGUCGUCGACCACGUCUCCAAGAAGGUCCAGUACACCAGCAUCAAGGACGAGGAAGCCGCGCCCGAACAAUACGUAUGAUGUAGCGCGUUGGUCCAGCGGGGACCGCGGGCUCCACCGAUGGAAUUUGUAUAAAUUCGCGCGAACGUAGCAGUGGCAGCAGCAGCAGCACAGUGAAAAUCUAAUCAUAUCGAUGUACAUAAAAAUCAUGGAAGCAGGGUUGAGCGAGGACCGUACUGAAUGAAGAGGACAAGCAGCGCAACUAAUGCAAUUAUUUAAAAAGACAUGCUUAAAGCAGAAAGAAAUCAAUUGAAACUUAAAAGACAUGGUUACUUAAAUCAAACUCUUUAGGAAUAAUAGACGAUGAUACACACCUUUUAACUUACUUGUUAAGACUAACUGAUAAUAAAACUAGUGAAUCUUUGAAGAAAUACUUCAGCAUUAUAUGGUGUCUCCCACAAAAAAAACGGUUACGAAUGUUAAUGUAUGUUUAUUUCAAACUAAAUAAAAUGACAUCAAGAUGCCAUAACUGAAA